AUGGGGCACGCGGCAGCAGAAGCGGUCGUUCAUGGCAGAGGGGUGCAGCUAGUCCCUUACACAGUGACUGGAGAGCCCCUCGAAAAGACGAAGGGAAACGUUGUUGGGGUGUCUGCGGUUCCGGUCAACCUUGUAGGGAAUGAAGAGAAGGAGGAUGUGCUUUUGAAACUCAAGGAUGACAACCCCUCUCUCAUCAUCGUGGACUUCACUCUCCCCUCAGCUGUAAAUGGAAAUGCGCUGCUGUAUACUAGUCUGGGAAUUCCAUUUGUGAUGGGCACAACAGGCGGCGAUCGGCAGAAGCUUAUGGAAGAUGUUGUUCAGUCUGGGGUGUAUGCGCUCAUUGCACCCAACAUGGGCAAACAGGUUGUUGCCUUCCAAGCCAUGAUGGAGAUGAUGGCGGAGAAUUUUCCGGGCGCUUUUUCUGGCUACACCCUCACGGUCACUGAGUCCCACCAGAAGACGAAGGUUGACACCUCGGGGACGGCAAAGGCGGUUGUGGAUUCGUUCCAACGCCUGGGGUUGGACUUUGACGUGUCGCAAGUCGAAAAAGUCCGGGAUCCUGGGGAGCAGGUCAGCAAGAUGGGCGUUCCUGAGGGCGCUCUGGCUGGCCACGCCUUCCACACGUACCACCUAGUGUCGCCCGAGGGCAGCGUGAACUUCGAGUUCCAGCACAACGUCGUUGGCAGGAGCAUCUACGGGGAGGGCACAGUGGAUGCGUGCCGCUUCCUGGCGAAGAAGAUUCAGGACGGCGCCGAGCAGAGGGUGUACGACAUGGUCGAUGUGCUGCGUGCAGGGGCCAUGAGAUGA